AUGGUGAGCAUUGUAGGAGGAAACCCUUGCAACUCAGAUACCUCUCCGGAGAACUUCUCAGAUGGCAGUAACCUAGGUGAGGACCUUAUCUGCAAGCAAGUAGAUGAACUGAGUGAGUCUUCUCCAUCACUCCCUCUUGACCAGAAAAAUACAAGGAACAUUGAAGCAUCAAACCUUUACAUGAAGCAGGAUCACCUGUUGGGGUUUCCUCUGGGUCACCCCCCCCCAAAAAAAAAAGGUUCGGCGGACCGUCAGGACUCAGGGGCCACUGAGGAGAAGGAGAAGAAUGCUCAGGUCCAGUUGGAGAAGGCCAAGUCUAAACCUGUUGCGUUUGCUGUACGCACAAACUACACCUACACCCCUGCUGAUGAUGACAAUGUUCCUAUCCCAGGACAUGGAGUUGCCUUUGAGGCUAAAGACUUCCUGCAUGUCAAAGAGAAAUUCAAUAAUGACUGGUGGAUUGGGCGGCUGGUGAAAGAAGGUGGAGAAGUGGGUUUCAUCCCUAGCCCAGUCAAUCUGGAGACUAUUCUCAUUCGGAGAGAGGUGCAAGCCAGGAAGGCCGCCAAAGCUCUAGCCAACAAAGCAGCAAGUUCUGCUAAAGAUGACAUAAACUCGAAGAAAGUCACUCCUCCUCCAACAGUUCAGCAAGUGAAGAAAAAGUCAGGGGAACAACUGGCUGCAUAUGAUGUUGUGCCUUCCAUGCGUCCUGUCGUGCUGAUGGGGCCAUCACUCAAGGGUUAUGAGGUUACAGACAUGAUGCAGAAGGCCCUCUUUGAUUUUUUAAAACGCAGAUUUGAAGGCAGAAUAACCAUCACUCGAGUGACAGCAGACAUUGCUCUUGCUAAGCGGUCAAUCCUAAACAACCCUAGCAAACAUGCUAUAAUGGAUCGCUCCAACACACGCUCUAGCCUUGAUGCUGCUGCUCAGAUACAGGGAGAGAUUGAGAGGAUCUUUGAGCUUGCACGUAGCCUGCAGCUGGUGGUUCUGGAUGCAGACACUAUAAACCACCCACUCCAACUCAGCAAGACGUCCCUGGCUCCAAUUCUCGUCUAUGUCAAGAUUUCUUCUCCCAAGGUUCUUGCCAGGUUGAUAAAGACCAGGGGAAAGUCCCAGACCAAACACCUCAAUGUUCAGAUGGUGGCUGCAGAUAAACUUGCUCAAUGUCCCAAUGAGAUAUUUGAUGUCAUCUUAGAUGAGAACCAGCUGUCAGAUGCCUGUGAGCAUAUAUCUGAGUACCUGGAGUCUUAUUGGCGAGCCACUCACCCCCCAGAGACGGAGACAGCCAAGCCUGCGCUGGAGCCCACAGAGAGCACACUCCCCAGCAGCCCCACACCUGCUAAGGAUGACUCGAAAAGCAAGAGGACGGUGGCUACUAAGAGAAAGGGAUCUCUGGAGAACCAACUGGACCAUCCCCAGAAUGAGGAGCAGAACGAGGGUGAAAAAGAAGAAGUGAGAGAGGAAGAGGCAGCUGAGGAGGAGCACCUCCUGAAGAAUGAACCAAAGAGACCCCAACAUGGCCACCAUCACCACCGUCACCAUCAUCAUCACCACCACCAUCGCACCAGCACAGACCACGCUGAACAGCACAACCACCACCCUGCCCACUUACAAAACAUGGACAUAGAUUAUGUGACCAAUAAGAACUCAGAGCCUCAGAGCCAUCAUCUGAUGCUCGAUGAAGGAUUGGAUCAAACUGAGACCAAACACUCAACUCAGAUUACAAUUCAUAAAGACCAAAACCACCACCAUCACCACCACCAUCACCACCGUAAGACCACAGACAUUCCCAAUGACUAUGGACCUGACUAUAAGCUGAAGCACAAUCAGCGCAACAGGCAGCAUGGUCAUCAGAGACAGCUACGCCCCUCUAAUGAACAAAUGCUCCGCUCUCUUCAUGAACAGAGACUGCUGUUAGACCACUAUGAAUCAGCUGAACAUGAACAGCACUACAGCUCUGAACACCAAUACCACUACCGUAGCCGAGAGCGAGACAGAGUCAGGACCAAAGAGAGGGAAAGCAACAGACAUGAUGAGGCUAGAAACUGGAACAGAGAUAUGUAUAUUCACUGA